AUGGAACUGAGCUCCAGGGAAAUGACUCUCCCCCAGCUUAGAGCUAGGGCAGCCUUGAAGAUCUUCCGGACAUGGUCUACUUUUUACAAGGAUUACAACAUUGUAAUCUCUGCUCCCUCUGUUAAAAGUGAUUGGCUCACUAGAGGCAAAACUCAGCUGAGCACUACCACAGAAAUGAGAGGUUUUUGUUGGGCUGUGCUGGGUCUUAUUUGCGGCAUACAGUGUCUUUGUUGUGGCAUGCAAACUCUUAGUUGUGGCAUGUGGGAUCUAAUUCCCCGAACAGGGACUGAACCCGGGUUCCCUGAAUUGUGA